AUGAGUGGUUCCAGUUAUCUGGGCCACUCUGCCCGAUUGCGCCUUCUCGAACUGGGUGGCAGAUCGCCCAGCUACCAGGACACUGUGAACGAUGAAGCUGAGAACUUGCGCAAAAGGUUACUUUCGGGUCCAACGGUAGACAUCCUCGUUGGGCCCGAGGGGAAGCAUUGGAGCCUCCACCGCAACCUGCUAUGCCACCACUCGUCCUACUUCGAAAGCGAAUUCCAUGACUACGAUGGUCCGAAAAAGAAUGGCACUAGAGACAAUAUCUUGGAGCUGCCAGACGACGACCCGAUGGGGUUCGAGUUGCUCGUCAAAUGGCUGUACCAGGGACAACUCGAAGAUGCAUCCCAGCUGUCAGAAGAGGCGAAAUACGACUAUGCCGUUGCUUGUCACAAGCUGUACUUGCUAUGCGACAAGUUUGACAUGACCCGGCUGAAGAAUAUAUCAAUGGACCAAUACCGACAGUGUCUGAACGAAUGUCAACUGGUUCCUGACGCCGAGGAGAUCAACGACAUCUAUCGCGCAUCUCCUGUCGGUUCGCCUUUUAGAUCGUUGAUGAUCAGAAUCGCUGCCAGGCAAAUCAUGGACCCCGAAAUUGACAGAGAUGCUGAAGCAUACAGGAAGUGUUUCGAGAACAAUCCUGACUUCGCAGUCGAGAUGGUCAAUGCUAUUCGAUAUAUGAGUGGCGGCAUUCUAUUCGAUGACCCGACAUACGGCGAUCUGUGUUCAUAUCACGAUCACAACGAUGUCUCAGGGUGUCAAUUCGAAGGCAAAGGCAAAGCCAAGGCCAACGGCAAGGCACGCGCCGUGAACGGGCAAGGUCCAUUUACCACAGCUGGCGCUCCACAGCAAUACAUCUCCAUCCCGUUGAUGGCCGAGCUGUCGUCCGACAGGCGAACUCCCAGGAAGCUCAACACGCCUUCUACCUCACCGGUGGUGUCGAAGAAAGCUACGCCAAAUCGCAGCACCGCUGUCAAUGGAACGCCAGCGCGGGCUAUAAUACGCACACCGGCUGCGAAUUCAGGUCAGCGACGACUACCAGUGCAAAAGGGCAAUGAAGCGUACACCCGACCGAACGAUCAGACGUCUUCAGCACCCAGGAGUCUGCCUCCCAAGCUUGAGAAACGGGGGCCGGUGAAUGGCGCCACUCCCAAGACCACGAACGGGCCCUCGCCGAUAGUUUCCAGGAGCGUACCUAAUAGGACCUCGUCUGUAAGCAGCGUGGAGUCACCAUUUGAUCCAACCGGGCAAGACCCCAUGGCGUUGAAAGGAGCGAUGCUUCGACUAUCGGCACCUCGAAUGAAAAGUGUUGCGCCGAAUCCAACGGAACAAUCGCCUCUGGUGUCUAGAAGCGUCAAACGCAUACCAACGAUCGUCAUGAACGGAGAGGCCUUACUACCAGCAAUUAUGUCCCCAACACCAAGUCAACCCCCACCAAAGGCCAAUGGGCACGGAGGUCUGGAGUUGACGAAACAGCGCCUCAAGAGAGUGCCUCAGCGACCCAAGCCCGGCAUGAACGGACGCUCUACGAACAGUGCGCGCUCAGCAAUGAGCACUGAAGUGGAUGCGCAAAGUACAACAUCGUCACGAUCACGGAAGCGUAAAUUCGAAGAUCGAACGCCCAACAGACCCAAAACCAGACCAGCAAAUGGCGUCUCGAAGCCGGAUCAUCACAAUAACAAUUCGACAUCGAACUACCGACGAACCAGCUCUUACGCACCGAGCAGUCGUUCAGUCAGCGUGGCCAGCGGUCCCAGAAAGUUAAGCCGGAUUAGCAGCGUCGCAAAACAGCCCAAUGGAACUCGAGGGGCGAUGAGUGUCGAUUCGCGAAAAGAGACGAGCAGCAAUACUUCGAGAUCAACCAGUGGCCAGAAAGGCCGACCUCCUAAGCUCGCGACCAACGGUCAUCGGACGGCGAAGGACAAGGAGAAGAAUGACAGCAUGGCUACGAAGUGA